CUAAAACAACGCAAAAGUCAAAAUUUGCUGGACCAAAAUUAGAAUUUUGACCAAGGAAUAAAAGCAAAGAAGCCUCUCCAGAAAUUGCCUUCUGUCCUCCAUUGUUGAACAAACAAAACUUGCUCUCCAAUUUUUGGCGCAAAGAGUAGAACAGAAAUUCUGCAUCUCUUCAACAAAUUAGAUCUCAUCAAAAAAGGAAGAAGAUGCAACCACAAACUGACACCGCCGCCCAAUCCUAUUACCACCAGUACUAUCAGAAUCCCACCUCCGCCGAUCCUCCGCCGUUCAAUCCCAUUUCCGCCGCCCCUCACGCUUCCGCCCCACCGGAAUUAUUCUCUCCUCCCGAUUACUACAGUUUUCCAUCCAAUCACCCCUCAAAUCCCGAUCAGUACACUUUCCCUCACCUCCACGAAGCUUCUCAUGAUCAUCUUCUACCUUACCAUCAAAAUCAGCCUCCUGUAAACUACGAUUAUGCCAUCCGCGCAAACCCUAACCCUAACCCUAACCCUAACCCUAGCCCCAACCUCGAACCGAGAUACGAUCCUCAAUACUCGUUGAAUUCGUAUCACCAUGGCGCUUCAGCUUUGCCGUAUGAUUCCAAUUCAUUUGAGACCAAUGGGAAUUAUGGAGAAUACCAAGGGAGAGUUGAUGCUGGGGUUUACAAAUAUAACGGUGGACAAAUGGAGUCGUCUUACGGUGGGAAGGAAGGCCGAUCGUCGGACUCCGGAAGCGGCGGCAGUGGGGUGAUGUUUGAUGAUUAUGGGCGGCCGAUUAAUGUUCCUGGAGGAAAAACUCAUAGUGGAUUUGUGAAUUCUGCACCUAAGAUCGUCAAGGCGGUUCCAAAGGCAGAAGAUUCUGAGGAUGUUAAGAGUGGUAUUCAGAAGUUUCGUGUCAAGCUUUUAUCUGAGGGUUUCGAUCAAGGUGAUAUGGAUGUUCUUUGUCAGAUUGGCCUGGAUGGGAUACGCAUUUUGGAUCCAAUAACCAGCAGGACGUUAAAAAUAUAUCCACUUGAUACAGUGACUAGAUGGGAGGUGUUAGAUAUGUAUAUCUUUGCAUUUUGGGCUAAAACAAAUGUUGAUCCAGAACCCGCGCGGAUCAGGCUGAAAUCAACUAGUUACACCACAAACAAUAUUCUGGACACAGUGACAGCAGCAAGCAUACAGUCCAAAGAGAUUGGACCAAGCUCUUCGGAUCUAAUCAAAGGAACCGAUCAAUCACUAGAGAAGAAGAAAGCCUUCAUUGAUUGGAAGAACUUGAUAAAACCAAUUAACGAGGAGAAAGAUCACUGGGUUCCAGACGAAGCAGUAACCAAGUGCAAAGCUUGCAUAUCAGAUUUCAAUGCUUUUAAUAGAAAGCAUCACUGUAGAAACUGUGGCGACAUAUUCUGUGACAAGUGCACACAAGGAAGAAUUACCCUUACUGCAGAUGAAGAUGCUCAACCAGUUCGAGUUUGUGACCAAUGCAUGGCAGAAGUGACCCAAAGACUGAGCAAUAAGGUAGCACCUGGAAGAGUUGCUGGGUUACAGAGCCACGAGGAUCUUGCUAAAAGACUUCAGGAGGAGAUGGACAAAAAGCGAAAGACGGGAGUGAAAGCUGAAGCCUCAGCCUCUCGAACAAGAAUGAGAGAAGUUGCCUGUCCAACUUGCACAGUUCAUUUACAGGUUCAGGUUCCGGCGUCCGGUUCUGAAACAAUAGAAUGCAGUGUGUGCCAGCAUCCAUUCCUUGUGAAUGCUCAUUGAUCACAUUCGUUCAUGCGUACCGAACAAUUGUGUAGAGUGCUGAUUCGUCUCGUGACGCAUAAUGCCCAGUUACACUUAUAAUGUAUAGAUAGAUAUAUAUGAUUCGUGUUUGUAAACCAUUUGGCAGUGUGAACGCAAUACUACUGUAAAUUAAACUUAUUCAGAUUCCUUUCAUGAUGUGAAUGAUGAGGCCUUCGGGAUGUUCCCUUUACCCUGCUCUUUUCAAAAGUUUACGAAAGUUGCAUUCUCUGGUGAAGAUAUUAAAUCACCUGAAUUGUGGGGUUUCACCUUUUUCAUUA